AUGGUGCAGCGUGGCCCGGCAGACGAUCCUGCGUUGGUGCAAAGGCAGGGGAGGAGGAUGGGCGGCGUCAACGCCAGCGUGAAGAGCUCGUCGUUGCCCGAGAAGGUGACGAGCGCGCUGCUGCUGGGCUCGUUCGUGGCGCUGGCGUUCCGGUCGUCGGAGCAGCAGGGCGAGAUCGAGGAGCUGGAGGCCCGCAAGUCCUCCCUCCGUGCCGCCAACUCCGCAAUGUCCUCCACCAUGUGGGUCUGGAGGGAGGAGCUCUUCAAGCUCUCCGCCAUGCCCUCCCUGCCCAUCAUCGCUACUCCCCUCCGCCACAUCUACGGCGAGGAGGACCUCGCCAUCCCCGCGCUCAAGACGUCAGGUAUGCACCUCGCUGCUGCUUUCCCGUGA